AUGAAGGAUAUCAAGUGGUGUGUACCAUCCUUACUACACCUUGAUCCUCCUACAAAACAAUCUGAACUAGAAGUUCGACGAAUUAUGCAUUUGCAGAAUAUAGCAAAUCAGUUACCUGAUGCGUUUGCUGAUACCAAAUUGGUAACAAAAUCACAUAUACCAGCUGCAAAUGCCCCUGCUCGUAUUGAAAUACCACAUGAACGUGCAAAGGCAGACGAUACACGUGAGUCUAAAACACGCUUGAAGCGUGGUAGACCUGUUGGUUCUAAGGAUAAAAAUCCUAGAAAGCGAAAGGAAGUUGAGAAGCAUGAUGAUCCUAAAAUAACAGAAAAAAAGGAGUUAUACCAAAAGAGUGGAGACUGUCCAGACGGCUCUAUCGAGAGAAUCAGCGCCCAACCGCGCAGUCCGGCUGGCCGAGGAACGAAUGUUCCGCGCUCGGCCAAACUCGUCCGUCCGUCUGAAGUCUCGGCCAAAGUCCAAAACCACUCGGCCGAUCACGCAAUCACGACCCGGGAAACUCAUUGCCCGCGGUCGGCCACGCCACAACGCCACGCCACAACCGCGCACGACCAAAGCGCGCGAGCCGGGAAAGUAAGCCUCGCGGCCGCGCAACUCGUUCGCGUACCGGCCGACGCUCCGUCCGAGCCGGGAAAGAACGUCCCGCGUCCGGCCGAGAUUUCAUCGGCCAAAUUCAUCCGCCGACCACGCCGACCGACCGAAUCCGUCCGACCCCGACCGUUCCGACUCGGCCACGACCGACUGUCCGGCCGAUCGUCCCGCCGACCGUCCCAACGCCGCGGUCGACCCGAAGCCCUUUUUGAAGCCCAAACUUAUGUUUUCAAGCCCGGCUUAACCCUAAGCCGCCUCUAG